UUAAAAUUAUUAAUUAUGGAACUUUUUUUUAAUAAAAUCAGUCUUGUCACAGCAUUCGUAAUGGCAGCAACAAUGAAAUGGGCGAUAUCUUUGUCCGUCGUUUUAACCGUGUUUUUAAGUGUGUUGUUUUUCAAUACGGGGAACAAUAACGUGUGCAAAACAUUCGAGGAUUAUUACUCUAAUCGCGAUGAGAACCAAAAUUGUUAUUAUAACCCAGAUUAUAAACUCGAAGUGCCAGAUAUUGUUAAGAGAAACGGCUACCCCUUGGAACAAUACGAAGUAACCACGGAUGAUGGAUAUAUUUUAACUUUAUUUCGUAUACCUUAUGGAAAGGUUCCUUCAACCCACAAAAUUAGAAAGCCCGUAUUUUUACAGCAUGGCAUGACAUUAAACAGCGGUAUCUAUGUGAAUGUGGGUAACAAAUCUUUAGCGUAUAUACUGGCCGACGCAGGUUACGAUGUUUGGAUGGGGAAUUUUAGAGGUUCGUUGUAUGGCAACAGACACCACACUAUUACACCUGAAGACAGUGAAUUUUGGAAUUUUUCCUUUCACGAAAACGGUGUUCUCGAUCUUCCACCGCAAAUAGAUCUUGUGUACAGAAUUACGAAACAAAAAAUGAUAUUUGUUGGUUACUCUCUGGGAUCAACCGCGGUUUAUGUUUACAGUAGCGUGUUCCCACAAAUCGCCCAUGAAAAGUUAGAGAUCAUAAUUAACUUUGCGCCGUCUAUAUUUCUGAAAGAUGUCGGAUUUUUAUUUGAACUCGUUGGGCGCUUAUGGUUCAUUCUGGAGCAUCCUUUACAAUUAGUUACGAAUGGAAAGAUGUUCGUUAGACAUCCCAUUCCAAGUUUAGCAAGGCUACUAUGCCUUCCAUUUCCGUUUCAGAUGAAAACUUGCCAAUUAAUCGAAAUGAUCGCUUUGGGAUUCAAUUUUGAACAAAACGAUCCCGAAACUUUGCCAAUUACGAUCGUGCACAAUACUGACGCGGCUUCAGUUAAAACCAUUACCCAUUUGAUUCAAGUGGGUCUUUAUGAACAAUUUCAGCAUUUCGACUACGGCCCUCAAGAGAAUGUGAGAUUAUACGGGACUACGCACCCACUGAGUUACAAUUUGUCCGUCAUACGGAUCCCGAGUUACACAUUCCAUGGUGAAAAUGAUAAGAGUGUAUCCGAACAGAGCCUGAAGCGACUAUAUGAUGCGUUGCCUAAAGAUACCACACGGCAUGGUAUUUACAGAGUUGAAGACAAACAUUUCAAUCAUCUUAAUUUUAUCACCGCCAAGGAUAUAGUGUCAUUGGUAUACAAGCCUCUUAUUAAAUUUCUGGACAAACUUUGAUUGUAAAGUUAUUUUUGUAUCGUUACUAUGUGGAUAC